AUGAUAGUAGCACAGGCCGGCCCAGCCUCGUAUAAACUAGCAAACAUUGAUGAUCCUGAUACAGUCAUUGGAACAUAUCAUGCUUCAUCAAUAAACCCUAUAUUGGAUCUAGGGAAGAACUGCCAGUCCCGGUCCAACCCCUACGGAAGAGGGGACGCCCUCGAAAGAAUAAAUAAGAAAGCGAAGUCCGAACGGACUGAGCCUGCGGCGGCGACACCCGCGCCGCGAAGCCGCGUCUCACCGAAAACCCGGCCUGGAUUCGCACGAUCCAGGCUGCGAACGGUCGCGCAAGUGCGAGUUCCCUGGCAGGUGUUAGCGCCCCGCGGCGCCGACCCGUCACCAAUCAUGGAACCCCCGCGCGGAACUAAAAAGCCGCCGAAAGAAACCGCCGAGCCCAAGGCAGCAUCGUCCACGAAAUCCAGACGCCGCUCCACAUCGGGUGCAUCUGGAGACCGCCUAGGACACUCCGAGGGAUCGGGAGUAAGUGAGAAGGCAACAUCUCAGCGGGGUAGAGAGACGGGUGCCCCCCGCACCCCCUCCUCGAUACCCCGCACCUCCCCACCGCGCCUCACCCCCGCGGUCGCCCGCGCAGAGCCCAUCUCGCUCGCGCAGCGCACGGGAAAAAGAGAUAUUGAUAUAUCUCAGACACCCGUCGCGCCCCCCACCUCACGUGGCCCACGGCUCGUAAUGUCGCAGCGUUACCAUAGCGAGAGCCGCAGCGACCCCGAACCGCACACCCCCGCAACGCGCCCUCUCUGCGAGAUCCUCGCGUCAUACGAGGAACCAAGUACGAGUGCAGCGCAGACCCACCAUCCUGCAUCAACACACGGCAUGGUGGGUACACAAGGAAAACUUGGGACCGAGCUACGUACGCCCGCCGCCCGACCGAUGCUAAGCGACGCCCCUUCGUCGCGUUGGUCGCCGCGAGCAGUGGCGCAGUUCGGGCCCCUUCAGGGAGCAAGCCUGCAGCUCCCAGACCUACCCAGUCACCGAAAGCCAUCUUGGAGUCCGACCAAAUUUUAA